ACUGGUGCGCGCCGCGGGUCCGGGCGCGAUGGCGGCGCUGGGCGGGGAUGGGCUGCGCUUACUAUCGGUUUCGCGGCCGGAGCGGGCGCCCGAGUCGGCCGCGCUGAGCGGCCCGGGGCCCGGGCUGUGCUGCUGGGUGUCCGUGUUCUCCUGCCUCAGCCUCGCCUGCUCCUACGUGGGCAGCCUCUACGUUUGGAAGAGCGAGCUGCCCAGGGACCACCCCGCCGUCAUUAAGCGGCGCUUCACCAGUGUCCUGGUGGUCUCCAGUCUCUCACCCCUCUGCGUGCUGCUCUGGAGGGAACUCACCGGCAUCCAGCCAGGCACAUCCCUGCUCACCCUGAUGGGCUUCAGGCUGGAGGGCAUUUUUCCAGCAGCUCUGCUGCCCCUGCUUCUAACCAUGAUCCUUUUCCUGGGUCCACUGAUGCAGCUUUCUAUGGAUUGUCCCUGUGAUCUGACAGAUGGAUUGAAGGUUGUCCUGGCUCCUCGCUCCUGGGCUCGCUGCCUCACAGACAUGCGUUGGCUUCGAAACCAAGUGAUUGCACCCUUGACAGAGGAGCUAGUGUUCCGGGCCUGUAUGCUGCCCAUGUUAGCACCAUGCACAGGUCUGGGCCCUGCUGUGUUCACCUGCCCGCUCUUCUUUGGAGUCGCCCAUUUUCACCACAUUAUUGAGCAGCUGCGUUUCCGCCAGAGCAGUGUGGGAAGCAUUUUCCUGUCUGCAGCGUUCCAGUUCUCCUACACAGCUGUCUUCGGUGCCUACACUGCUUUCCUCUUCAUCCGAACAGGACAUCUGAUUGGCCCAGUCCUCUGUCACUCCUUCUGCAACUACAUGGGCUUCCCUGCGGUGUGGGCGGCGCUGGAGCACCCGCAGAGGCGGCCGCUGCUGGCAGGCUACGCCCUGGGCGUGGGACUCUUCCUGCUGCUGCUCCAGCCCCUCACGGACCCCAAGCUCUACGGCAGCCUCCCCCUUUGUGUGCUUUUGGAGCGGGCAGGGGACUCAGAGGCUCUUCUGUGCUCCUGACCCUCGCUCCUGUGUACACUCCGGUGAACUCUGACUCCCCAGCCCCUCCCCAUCAAGGGGCACCACAAGGGAGGAGCCGGCUGGUGUCCCCGAGAUCUCAGGAAUUUUUGUAGGGGAUUGAAGCCAGAGCUAGUUGAAUUCCAGGGACCAUGAAGAAGGAACAAAUAUUCAGAGGGUGCAGCCCCUCUCAUAAGUGAGUUGAGGAGCAGCCCAGGGUGAGAGGACGGGGAAAUCCCAGGAGCCGUUUACUCCCUCUCUCUGGACCACUCUGCCCCCCCUCUGCCUCUGAAGAGCUGCUUGGGGAGGGGGGUUAUUUAUAAAACCCCGCCUCCAAACUUCCCAGGGUUUUCUCAUUGUCUUUUUGCAUUGGGACUUUGUAUUGGGAUAUUAAAGAGAUUUAACUUGG